AUGAUUCUGGCCAUUGCUUUGUUAGCCAAUAAUCUUGGCUUGUUUAUUUUUGAAGUUAUAGGAUAUCAUGUUUGUCAUAGUGUUGUGAUGCUACUUGAUGGUUAUUUUCAUUUAUGUCAAGCUAUUCUAUGUACAGUACGAAUUGUUUCACGUCAAAUUCAAUUUACAUAUACACCUCGAUAUACAUAUGGACUAGCUCGAGUUGGUGUUGUUGGUGAAUUAGUUGCUUUUGUUAGUUUUCUUUCAUUAUCUGUUUCGGUUUUUCUUGAAAGUCUCAAACAUAUUAUUGAUGUUAUUUUUGUAAUACCAAAACAAGAAAGUAAUAGUUCAAAACUACAUACUGCUCAUGGACAUGAACAUGUACAUAGUUUGAUUGAUCAUCCUAAUUUUAUACUUGCUGUUGGUAUUUAUGCAACUGUUUCUAAUUGUUUAUUAGGCAUUGCAAUACUUUAUAAAAUUCUAAAACGCUCAAGGAAAUUUAAUAAACAAUUAAAACAAAGACAAGUAAAUCUUCAACAAUCAUUACCAAAUAAAUCAUUGUCGAAAUCAUUGCUUAUUACAGAUACAUUACCUGUACAUCAUUCUUAUCUUCAAGUAUUUAAUAUGUUACUUGGUCCUUUAGCUAUAUUAGCAUGUGGUAUAUUAUUGAUAAUGUUAUCGGAAAAAUAUCAUGUUCGAGUUCUAUACAGUCGUCUUGUCGAUCCAAUUAUUUGUUGUAUUCUUUUUCUUUCAUAUCUAUUCAUGAUUUUUGAGCCAAUUCGAGAUGUAAUGCAUCUUGUUUUACAAGCUAAACCACAUGAUCUUAACUCUGAUGAAAUUGAAACGACACUUAUGACAUCUAUUCCAGGUGUUUCAAGAAUUCAUGAAUUUCAUGUAUGGCGUUUAACACCACAAAAAACAUUAGCAACAAUUCAUGUUGUUUUUAAUACAACAGAAGAUAUAUUUAGUAAAUUUCAAGAUAUUUGUUUAUUAUUUAAACAACAUAAUAUUGAUCAUGUUACAAUUCAACCGGAAUUUUCAUUACUUUCGGAUGGCAAUAAUACAGUUGCUUUUAAUAAUCAAUGUACAAUAGACGAUACCGAAUGUGAUGCAAUACCAUGUUCUGAGAAUAUAACAACAACAACUGAAAAAGUUAAGAAAAUUUCAAACACAUCGUCACCUAGAAUACAUUUUCAUCGUCGUAGUAGUGUUGGUUUAACUUCAGUAGAUACAGAAACUGGAAGUGAAAUAGUAGGACAAUGA